AUGGCAGCAAUGACCUGGGAAGGGGCGUUCACCGAGAUAGACCCUCUCACGAUGCGUAUUGCCGUCCAGAUGCAGCUCGAGGAUAGUGAAGAGCUCGCCGCCAGGGCGAAGGGCAAACAGCGCGAAGACGACGACAAGACAGACGGUCAAAUCGCCAUGGAGAUGUACGUUGACGAUCUCAAGAACUGCGACGCUGCUCUUCAGGAUCGCAACAUGGCCCAGAGCCUCGCAAUGGCUAUCCUGCAGGACGGAGACUUGAUCGCCCAGGCGUAUAGACAGGAGCAGCAGUUCGCGCAAGAUCGCGAGCUCGCUGUACGUCUGGCUGAUGGUCAUAACGUGCCUUACUCUGGCCCUUCGGCGGGAAAGCAUGCUGGUCCAAGCAAGGCGCAGAAGAAAGAGCAGAAGAAUCCUUGGGAGGACCAGGAGUUGCUCGACAAGGUGGCUGCAAUCUACAUGCAGCUGGACACCGAGCCGGUGCUCCCAGAGCUGGCUGAUAACGAUGAUUCCGACGGCACCGUUGCGGAGUCUUCUGCUUGGGCAGCUUCACGCAAGGAGUCCAGGAAGCGCCCUCUGCGGGCCUGCAUUGCUUGCGGAGAAGAGAAUGACUUCUUCGAAGUGGCACGCGUGCCUUGCGACCAUGAGUACUGCCGACCUUGCCUGAAGGAGCUCUUCACUUUGUCCAUGAAGGAUGAGACUCUGUUCCCGCCGCGCUGCGAUAACCAAGAGAUUCCGCUGGAAAGCGUCCGCUUCUUCUUGCCUUCGGAUGUUGCGAAAGAGUUUGAGUCGAAGUAUGAUGAGCUGAGCACCCACAACCGGACUUAUUGCCAUGACCGCUCAUGUUCCGCCUUCAUCUCGAAUGAGCUUCACACGGGGGACACAGCCGCUUGUCCCAACUGUGACAAGACGACUUGCACUAUAUGCAAAGGGCCGUCACAUUCUGGUGACUGCCCAGAUGACGAAGCGCUGCAGCAGCUCAUCGAAGUUGCCAACGCAGCCCAGUGGCAGAGGUGUUACAGUUGCACCCGCUUCAUUGAACUCGAAACCGGAUGCAACCACAUGAGAUGCAAGUGUGGUGCAGAGUUCUGUUAUGUUUGUGGAGAGCGCUGGAAGAGGUGUCGUUGCCCGCAAUGGGAAGAACAACAUCUGCUUCGCAGAGCUACGAUGCUCGUUGACCGCAACCCUCGACACCGCAUCUUCCAGCCACCUCGGGUUGCCCAUGUUCAGCCUGCUGCUCGUCUCCCAAUAUCAUCAUCGAACACGCCGACUGUGGUUGGUCCUGCGUCUUCACCCAUCGAGCAUUUGAGAAACAAUCAUGCAUGUGGACACGAUAAAUGGCGCUUUGUCAGAGGGGGCCAUCAAUGUGAGGAGUGCCAUGAUUUCUUGAGGGAGUACAUCUUCGAGUGUCGACAAUGCAACUUGCAGGCGUGCAAUCGUUGCCGCAGGAACAGGCUAUAA